GCAGGGAGGCCAAUCGGAGUAGAGGUUGUAAGGAGGCGGCCGAGAGAGAUUGUGAGGGUAGGGAGUUAGGGUUAGAGGCUACCGGCGAGGCUAGAAUCCCAGCGUGGUCGGUUGGAGCAGAUAUGUCUGUCCGGAGGCACAUUGGGAAUCCUGAGUAUCUAACCAGAAGAAUACCACAAAACCCAAGGUAUCAGCAUAUCAAAUCAAGACUGGAUACUGGUAACAGCAUGACUAAAUACACUGAGAAGCUAGAAGAGAUCAAAAAAAAUUAUAGAUAUAAGAAAGAUGAGCUUUUCAAGAGACUGAAAGUUACAACUUUUGCCCAGCUGGUCAUUCAAGUUGCUUCCCUAUCUGAUCAAACACUGGAAGUGACAGCUGAAGAGAUUCAAAGGCUAGAAGACAAUGAUUCUGCGACUUCGACUUCGGAGCCCGACGGGGAAGUCAGUGCCAGGACCAACGGGAAGGGGCGCCCCGGAGAGCAGUCGCCAAGUCCUGUCCAGUUGGUAAACAGCCUGGGAGCCGGGGACUCCAGCCGCUCGACUCUGCAGAGCGUCAUCAGUGGUGUUGGGGAACUGGAUCUAGACAAAGGGCUGGUAAAGAAAGCAGAGCCCAACACCAAAGACCGACCUUAUCCCGACUGCCCCUUCCUGCUACUAGACGUGCGAGACAGAGAUUCUUACCAGCAGUGCCACAUCGUCGGAGCUUACAGUUACCCAAUUGCAACGCUGUCUAGAACAAUGAACCCUUAUUCAAAUGACAUUCUUGAAUACAAAAACGCUCACGGCAAGAUCAUCAUUCUGUACGAUGAGGACGAGAGGCUGGCCAGCCAGGCGGCCACCACCAUGUGCGAGCGGGGGUUUGAAAACCUCUUCAUGCUUUCCGGAGGUCUAAAAGUCUUAGCUCAGAAAUUCCCAGAAGGACUGGUUACAGGUUCCCUGCCAGCGUCUUGCCAGCAGGCCCUUCCUUCUGGCUCUGCCCGGAAACGAUCCAGCCCCAAGGUGCCGCCUCCACCAGCUGAGAAUAAAUGGAGAUUUACCCCGGAAGACUUAAAAAAGAUAGAAUAUUACCUGGAAGAGGAGCAGGGUCCUACGGACAAUCCUAGCCGCCUGAGCCAAGCUAACGCCUCCGGAAGAGACUCCAAGGGUUCAGGAGCCCGCAGCAGCCAGAGCCUGCCCGCCGGGGGCCCUAGCGGCCCCCCGAACCCCCGCUCGCUCAGCAGUGGCCACCUGCAAGGCAAACCCUGGAAGUAAAGACUUUGUCUGUCUCAGUCAAAUAAAUACUUCGUCUCCGUCCGGAACCCCUGAGCAGUUCCCAAGGUGGUCAUUGUCAGCAACUGCUGCAGAGGAGAGACGACACCAUGUGUGAUGGGCCCUCCUUCCUCUCCCUGCGUCCGGCUCCCGCCCUGCAUCCAACUCGGAAGGAGUUUUACAAAACCCAGAGGCAUGACAGGCUCUAGCAUCUUCCCUGUUGUUUACAGAACAUUUAAGUUCCUGAAACUGAGUAGGUAAAAAGUGUCUAACUUUGUAGGCUUUUUUUUUUUUUUUUAAUAAGGCCCAGCUUGUAUCAGUUCAUUUCCUGCAUGGUUUUUGUAAAUUCUUUGGGCACCUCUGGCAUGUUCUUCCCAACCACUCGCUGUUCUUGGCCUCAUGAAGGUUGUCCAGGUGGGCUUUGCAGCCCCAGAAGCUGUCCCUGGAUGGGGAGCGGGAGGGGGGGGAUGAUUCUUAGCUUUCAGCCAGCCACGGGUGGGCCCCAAGGAGCUGUCUGCUCCGUGCUGAUUCGGGGGCUGGCACCUGGAGCAUUGUUCAACCCUAAGGUUAUUAGAACAACCCUCACACUUCCUGAGUGCUCCCGCCCCACUAGAUGUUUUCCUGGAACCAGCGCUGUGAUAACGUGUGCCCAGCCACCUUCGCACGGGGUCACCGCCUUCCUCCAGGAGAGCCUCGUCCAUUGUCCCGGCCUGUGUGAAGAGCCGUCCAACCCCCCCCUGCCCACCCUGACCCGUCCCUCAUUCGCGGUUGGUGUAUUGGUUGUAAAUUUCCAUUCCCCGGCUCGGGCCCAUCCGUCUUAGAUGGAUAGAAAUUGUGGCCACUUGAAAACAUCAGCCUCAGUUCGGCCACUGCAGGCACACAUGGUGAGGACGACUCUGCGGUCCUUUGUCAGAGCCUACAGCCCCUCUAAGCCCCAGCUUAAAAAUACAGUAUUCGUCUAAUUGA